GUCCCCAGAAGUCACCGCGCGCCGGGGCCGGAAGUGGUUGCUGUCAUCGCGCGCGCUGAAUUCCCUACCGGCGCCGCCUUCCCAGGAUCCCCCGCGGCGCAGAGUGAGCCCCGGGCGGCCCGGGGGAGGGGCUGCAAUGACGUCAGCGUCCACUAAGGUCGGCGAGAUUUUCUCCGCGGCAGGCGCCGCCUUCACCAAGUUGGGGGAACUGACGAUGCAGCUGCACCCCGUGGCUGACUCGUCCCCUGCCGGGGCCAAGUGGACAGAGACGGAGAUCGAGAUGCUGCGGGCGGCUGUGACGCGCUUCGGCGAUGACCUGAACCGGAUCAGCGCCAUCAUCAAGGACCGGACGGUGGCACAGAUCAAAGCCACGGCCAAGCGUAAGGCCUAUGAGGAUAGCGGGGUGCCCCUGCCUGCUGACUCCCCCAAAAAGGGCCCCAGAAAGGGUCAUGCACUGGGUGGAACGGUGGCAGGGGGAGCACCCAACCUGCCCCCUCCUAACCAGGCACCAGUGCCUGCUGGGCUGCAGGACACGCCCACCCUGCCCAUGAAAAAGCAGAAGGCAUCAGACGUGACGCUCAGCGCCCUGAAUGACUCAGAUGCCAACAGUGACCUGGUCGACAUCGAGGGGCUGGGCGACGCUCCCCCCGCCAAGAAACUCAACUUCGACCAGGACAGUCUGACCCUGGACUCCGGGCUGCUGAUGACACCUGGUGACCUGCCCCUGCUGUCCCGCUGAGACACCCCUCUGCUAACGGACGGAUGGUCUAGGCCCCUGACUUGGGGAGGCAGGGACUCCCUGUGAGUGGGAGAGGAGUCCUGCCCAUUUGGGGGGAAU